GCAGUCCCGCAGGCGCCUCACUCCCGGCCGCAGGGCGAGGGGCCGGUCCGCCCGCCAGAACCUCCGCCCGCCUCGCCUGCCGUGACGGCCAGCCCAGCACCGAGCACGAAGGCGGGCGGGCGCGCCUCGCCUCGCCUCGCCUCGCCUCGCCUCUCCUCUCCUCCGGCUUUCCGAGGGCCUAGCCGGGCCUCCCCCCCUCCCGCGGCGACGGAGGCCGAGCUCGGCCGGCGCCUGGGGCAGAUCUUUACAUCUCUACCGAGGAACAGAUUGUCUUUCAAGUAUAUGGGUCUCAGGUUAUGAAGAGCUUUUCAGGGAGAAAAAUCGGGGUAAUGGGGACAAAGAAUGCCACUGCGUCCCAUGACCAACUUGCAAGUGUGAAACCCCUGCAAACAUGGAACGCAAAACAGAAGGUGCUGAAUGAAAAUGACCGUGUUCUGCUGAAAACUGAAUGCUGGAGGUCUUUGCCACGCCCUACGUGGAGAUGAAAAGGAGAAGUGGGGGGUUAAAAUGUAUUUUGAAGUAUGUGACAGUAGUUGUGGUUGGUAUUUGCAUCUUUUACAUGAUCAAAUCAAGCUUUGAUUCUGAAGAGUGUGAUCUGACGAAAAUUCAUGUGAACUCAGAACAUACAAAGAGAGCAAUGGAGUACGCUGAGCAAGUUCUGCAAGCUAAGUGUCGGACAUCUUUUGUGAAGAAAGAGAUGAGCAGGUUAUUUGCGGAGAAAUAUAAUAAACACACAUCUCCAUUUGUUAGAAAAAAUGUAAAUACAGAAAAAGCUAUCUUCAAAUAUGAGCCACCUUUUGGAUUUCACAAGUUGUCAGAAAGACUUCAGGACCUGCUGGAUCUCUUACCUAACGAUGAUUUACAAGAAGACAUAAAACUGAAAAGCUGUAAGCGCUGCGUGGUGGUGGGGAAUGGAGGAGUUCUUCAUGGAUUGGAGUUGGGCUAUGCACUGAAUCAGUUUGAUGUUGUUAUAAGACUAAACAAUGCACCCGUUCAAGGAUAUACAGAUCAUGUUGGUAACAAAACCACCAUAAGAAUGACAUAUCCAGAAGGCGCCCCACUCUCUGAACAUGAGUAUUACCCAAAUGGCUUGUUUGUGGCUGUUUUAUUUAAAAGUGUUGAUUUGUAUUGGAUUCAAGCAAUGGUGAAAAAUGAAUCACUGCCACUUUGGGUGCGAUGGUUUUUUUGGAAGCAGGUAGCUGAAAAAAUUCCUGUGAUGCCUAAACAGUUCCGCAUUUUGAACCCAAUAAUCAUCAAAGAGACUGCUUUGGAUAUUUUGCAGUAUCCUGAACCUCGACCAAGGUUUUGGGGAUGGGAUCAGAACGUACCUACAAUUGGAAUCACUGCUGUUGUUCUUGCUACGCAUUUAUGCGAUGAAGUGAGUUUAGCUGGAUUUGGGUAUGAUCUUAGCCAGCCGAACACACAAUUGCAUUAUUAUGAUAAUCUUUGCAUGGCUGCAAUGCACAAACAAACGAUGCACAAUGUGACUACUGAAACAAAAUUUCUUCAAAAGCUGAUAAAAGAGGGAGUUGUGAAAGACCUCAGUGGAGGAAUAUACUGCGACUUCUGCAGAAAAACAAGCUGGUGACUGAAGCCGAGCCAUUGGUGUGUAUUUUUGCAAGGCAGCUUCUCUCCAAGGAGAGCCUAUCAGUAUUUUCAUCAUGAAGGCGCACCAAAGAACUCCUCAUCUCCACUUUUACCUGCUUCACUUUUUAGUUUCAUAUUCAGCGUAUUUGUUUUAUGUACUUGAAACCAAUUGGUUUUUUCCCCCACAAGAAAUCUGAGUAAUUAAAAUGUCCCUUUUAUGUA